CCAUCUCACACGUAGAGCCCAUUCAUCGGGCGCGCACGCACGCCGCGAGGAACGGUCGGCGACGGAGACGACACGACAGUGCCCAAGUCGAAGCGAGCGGCUUUGCCGGCGGCGGCGACCGGAGGAUGGGGUUGGGAGGCCGGGGCGUGGUGGGAGAUAGGUGGUCGCAACGCAUCCUCUGGAUCUGCGCCCUGGGCAGUGCCAUGAGCCUCUACUUCGUGGCGGUGGAGAGGCAGGCGCAGAACCGCGCGCGGGCGGUGGCGGAGGGCCUCAAGGCCCUCGACGGCGCCGGGGAUGACGUGUGACAGAGGUGGACGCUGCCGUGCAGAGGGGCCUCCUUUCGUUAGGUCAUGAAACGAGUCACAUGUUUUUUUUUUCCUGCUUCACAUGUUCACAGAACCUCAUAGCGUUGCAAUAAUGUACUAAACAUCUGUGCUCAGUCUUUGUAGAAAGGAAUGUUGAUCAAUGUGAUUGUUCUCCUAUUUCACAUAAUUCAUCUAAGCCUCUGUUGCUGCACAGAAAUGUUGAUCUGUGUCACUA